AUGCCCUCGAAAGGACCCUUUCUCACUGGUGAGGAUUGCAAGUCUGCCUUUAACCUCUUCUGCUGUAUCUACGGCAUUGGUACACUUGGUAUGCCUGGUAACUUUGCUCGCGCUGGUCCGGUGCUCGCUGUGGUCGCCAUGGCUUUUAUGGCCUUUGUCAACAUCUAUUCGUCCAUUACAAUGUCCAAAGUGAUGCUACUGGCACCCAAGUCCGUCAAGACAUUCGGAGACCUCGGCGAAUGGAGCAUGGGCAUGACUGGCCGCUGGUUGUGUGUCAUUUCACAAAUGGGCUCAUGUCUGCUCCUUCCAUGUGUGUUUUUGGUUCUCGGCGGCCAAUUACUCUACGGUCUCUUCCGUGAUGCUUUCACCCAGGCUACAUGGACUAUACUCAUGGCGCUCAUGGUCUUACCGGUAUGUCUAGUUCCAACGCUAAAGGAAGGGUCGGGUGCUGCCUUUGCUGGCUGCGUAGGCACAAUCAUGGCCGACAUAAUUGGUGUUGCAGUCGUGAUGCACGGCAUGGGUGGUCACCCGGGCGUACCGGCCCCCGAUCUCAAUUUCUCUCAAGUCGCCGGUGUAUUCGGCAACUUGUCACUCGCCUAUGGUGCCGGUAUCGUCAUUCCGGACUUGCAGCGUCAACACAGCGAUCCAAGUCGUAUGCCUCGUGUGGUCGGAGUGACUGUCAGCUUUGUGUCAGUCUUGUUUUUAGUCCUUGCAAGCACUGCCUACUCGGCAAUAGGCUGUCAGAUCUCGGGCAACCUGCUCUUCACGAUCUACCCCAACAGUGAGACUGGUCUGACACCGCUUGGAUUCAAACCAAACUGGGGCGUUGUCGUGCUUGCCUACUUGUUCAUGCAGCUCCACAUUUCCAUCGCCUUUUCUGUCAUCCUCAACCCGGCCUUCUACAUCGCUGAGCGUUUGUUCCUGGGCAUGCAUAAGAGGACGACUGAUGACAUUGAGGUCGGAUUCGCCUUCGAAGAGAGCGCUACCCCUGGCAACGGGCAAGCCAAGCAGGUGGAUGCUUUCCACACCAACGACUUGUUGCUCCAAUCGAACCGCCCCUCCAAAACGUCUUACGUGUCGGUAGCUGACUCGGAGCGUGUGCAUAAGGACAACGCAGAGGAAGAGGCUGCCGAAUACACUGGUUCCAAUGUGCUCAAGUACGUCGCUCUCCGUAUUUCCAUCAUCGCCAUUCUGGUCGUUCUCGCCGUUGUCUUCAAGGACCAUUUCUCUGAAUUUGCCGACUUUAUUGGCGCUUCGUGCAUCACGACAAACUGCAUCCUGUUGCCAGUCAUCUUUUACCUGAUCAAGACGUGGGAACGCAUUCCUGCUUACGAGAAGAUUGCUGCUUGUAUUGUCAUUGUGGUUUGCUUCAUGCUCGGGUGCUACGUCACGUACACCAAUGGCAAGGCUCUCUUCUCGUCCACGAAUGACGAUAUCAAGUACCCGUUCUGCGAUGCAGAAUUCGAGAACACCAUCUACUAUAACUACACGGCUGUGCACGAGGCUUAG